CAGUUGAUACGUUUACGUUUCCCAGGCUGUGUUGUCUCUAUACUUAAAAGUUCAAUGUUUCUUCUUUAUUAAAUUAUGAUCAAGCAAAUCACCUUCACAUUGGUUUUAGCGUGCCAAUGUAUUUCAAUCACCUAUGCUGGAGCAAACAACUUGCAUACGUUUGAUGGAGGAGGGAUGGUAGAAUUUAUCGGCAGUGACCUUUUCUUUGAGAUUUUGGAGCCAAAGGUGCUACGGUACACAUAUAAAAUAAAACCAGCCAGAGACUUCGGCCCAACUUUUAAUAGUAGCUUUUAUGCUCAGAGAGUGAGACUAGUCCCAGUCGACCCACCUUGCGGGUGCGGCUGGCCAAAAAAUGCAGCUGAGCUGGAAGGAAGUGUGGCUUUGGUGGAGCGAGGAGAAUGUUCAUUUGUCAGCAAAGCUGUGAGGGCAGAAGAAGCUGGUGCCAUUGCUGUUGUGAUCUGUGAUAAUGAUCCUAAGGAGGCAAGCUUUUUCAUAGAAAUGAUAGACGACACCACAGGCAGAGAAACUAACAUUCCUGCUGGGUUCUUGCUUGGAAAGAAUGGAUUUUACAUCAGAGAGAAUCUCCGUAAGCUAGGCAGAAACUACGCAUUGAUCAACAUUCCAGCUAAUUUGACUAACGUUCCUUUGAACAAAAUGAACCAGCCACCGUGGGUGUUGUGGUGACUCUCAUCAAAACUUGACGACUGUGCAAGCAUGAUGAAGCAUGGAUCGACAGCUAUUAAUUUUUUAAUUCUGAUGGUUAAUGUUGAUGUGCAAUUUCCUGAUAUUAUCUCUAAGUAAAAAGAAACGCUUUAAAUAUCAUUUUUUA